UGAACAACGGCAGUGAUUUACGUGCAGAAUAUGUAGGGAAUCAUGUUGUGCUUCUGUGGUUUCACCUCUGUUUGUAAUUUUAAAUCACCGUCAACUUUAUCUCAAGUUAUUGUAGUAUUCCGGCAAAAAUGUUAGCACAAGAUCAGCAGCUAAAGCUAACCAGUGUUAGCAAUCUGACGUUUAAGUUCGCCUGUAGAGCCACUGAAUUGGCUAUCAUUGCUGUAUGUUAGCUUACCUAGCUUUACUAACGUCGCCCUCUUGGUUGGAUAACGCUGCUAAUAUUAUCCAACCGCUGUCCAGCCGUUGGUCAACGAGGUAAACCGAAGUAGGCCGGUUAAUUUAUGUCGCUAAUGUGUUGACUUUCCAGCUGCUGUAGUAACGUUAGAUUAGCUUGUUAGCGUGUGCUAACCGACACUCCGGGCCUACGGCUAUCAAACCAGUUAACUCUGAUCAAAUUGAACCACAGACGUGACGUCGUGUGCAGUAGUGAUGCUGUAAUGUUAUUCGAUGUGGAGGAUUGAUUACAUAGUUUGAUUUAACCUGCUCACAUAGGGGAUAGUGUGUUACUUUGGCCCUACACAAACCGCCUGUAGUGCUGAAGUCCAGCACUGAGUAUGAUUCCUUGGUUGCGGUGGAGGUGAGGAAGCAUGGAGUGGAAAUCUGAGGUGUCAAGACAAACGUGAUGACAGCAUGGUCCAUGGUGGAGAAGCUCAAAAUGGAAAAACGCCCAUGGAGGGAGGAGAACAUUGACUCAAGCCAGGCCCAGCACGCCACUGACGAGUCAGAGGAUGGAAGCAGCUCAGAAAGCGAGUCUGAAGAGCAGCAGCGCCAGAGGGUUCAGGUGAGCAACAGCAGCUGUAAGAAGCGGGAGCCUCUGGUUGUCACAAAACCCCAUCGGCAGCUCUGUCGCUCUCCAUGCCUCGACCGGCCCAGUUUUUCCCAGAGUAGCACUGUGCAAGAUUUCCGUGAGGAUGAGAGCAGCACAGGACCAGGGAUCAAGCCUGCUAGUGAGAGGGAGUACCAGACGAAGAUGGAGUUUGCUUUGAAGUUGGGUUAUUCAGGAGAGCAGGUGGAGACUGUGCUCAACAAGUUGGGGGCUGCUGCUUUAAUUAACGACGUUCUCGCUGAGUUGGUGAGGCUUGGAAACAAAGUGGAGCCUGAAAUUCAACCUUGCGGCAGUACGGCCACAUUAAUAUCACGGUCCCCCUGUGUUAAAGAGAGUGUUAGUCCAGAUGUGUCAGUGGAAGAUGAAUCUGUGGAUACAUUUGAUAACCUCAGGCCCAUCGUCAUUGAUGGCUCAAAUGUGGCAAUGAGCCAUGGAAACAAAGAGGUAUUCUCAUGUCGUGGUAUCCAACUUGCUGUUGAGUGGUUUUGGGAGAAAGGACACAAAGACAUCACUGUGUUUGUCCCAGCCUGGAGGAAGGAACAGUCGAGACCUGACGCCCUCAUUACAGAUCAAGAAAUAUUACGCAAGCUGGAAAAAGAGAAGAUCCUGGUUUUCACCCCAUCUCGGAGAGUUCAAGGCAGGAGGGUGGUGUGCUAUGAUGAUCGCUUCAUAGUGAAGCUGGCUUAUGAUUCUGAUGGAAUUAUUGUGUCAAAUGACAACUACAGGGACUUGCAAAAUGAGAAGCCAGAAUGGAAGAAGUUCAUAGAAGAGCGUCUCCUAAUGUACUCAUUUGUCAAUGACAAGUUUAUGCCACCAGAUGAUCCACUGGGAAGACAUGGUCCAAGCCUAGAAAAUUUCCUCCGCAAGCGCCCUGUUGUUCCAGAGCACAAAAAACAACCCUGCCCCUAUGGGAAAAAGUGCACAUAUGGACAUAAGUGCAAGUACUAUCAUCCCGAGCGUGUGAACCAGCCACAGCGGUCGGUGGCCGAUGAACUACGAGCCUUCGCCAAGUUGUCUGCAGUGAAGACAAUGAGUGAGGGAGCGUUAGCUAAAUGUGGUACUGGUCCAGCAACUGCAAAGGGGGACAGCAACUCUGAGGCCAAACGUGUGGCACCUAAACGUCAGUCUGACCCCAGUAUUCGUUCAGUGGCCUGUGAACCUCCAGAGGCACUGUCCGUUGUUAGGAAGUCUGAGACAAAUUCAGUGCCUUCCCUCGUUUCCGCUCUCAGUGUGCCCACCAUGCAGCCUGCCAAGAGCCACGCAGCUGGGGCCUUGAACACACGAUCAGCCAGCAGCCCAGUGCCAGGUUCUCUGCAGUUCGCGCACAGUUCUCUGGAGCACAUGUCUAGUGUACAGUACCCUCCUAUUUUAGUUACUAAUAGUCAUGGCGCCUCUGUUACAUACAGUGAACAGUUUCCAAAGUAUGACUCAGUUAGUGACCAUGGAUAUUAUUCACUGCACAGUGAUUUUUCAAACAUGAGCAUGAGCAGCAUGCAUAAUGUGGAUAGUUUCUGUAGCAUGGAGCACGAGCAUGGUGUGUAUCAGCGAACUCCCAGCCACUGCCCUGAAUCCUGCCUCAGCCAUUCGAACAGUGACUCAUUCUCCUCUUACGGGGAGCUGUACCCCAGCUCUGUGGACAGUAGUUUAGAGGAGAGCAUGAAGCAGCAGCAGUCUCCUGCACAGGCCAGAAUGCAAACUUUCUCCCAUGGGUUUCGUCACGAAGCGUUGACUAGGGUACAGAGUUACGGACCAGAGGAGCCCAAGCAGGGCCCCCGGAAGCAGUCUGGAUCUCAUCUAGCGCCACAUAUCCAGCAUGCUGCAGUGGGAGCGAGGUCCAGCUGCCCCGGAGACUAUCCCCUAACUCAGAAUGUCCUGCCGCCUUUGUCCUCACAGCCCACACGCUCUCUUGGUAUGACUCGUAUGGACAGUAUAUCAGAUUCAAGGCUAUAUGAUAGUAACCCAAUGAGACAGAGGCGACCUCCACUGUGCCGUGAGCAGCAUGCAAGCUGGGACCCUCUCCCUUGUGGUAAUGAGUCCUAUGGAUAUCAUUCAUAUCCACUGAGUAACAGCCUGAUGCCGUGUUGCGAGCGGGUGAUGGUCCGCAGUAUGCCAGACAAAAUGGAACAAAUCUGGAACUCACCAUGGGAGACCCCGUCUGCAGCCGAACACCCAGAGCGGUAUGUCAUCCCAGACCACCAGUAUCAAACAUAUCGGAACCUUUGUAACAUCUUUCCCGCCUACGUGGUUCACUCCGUAAUGGAGAAGAACCCUCAUUUGACAGAUCCACAACAACUUGCCGCUGUUAUUGUUACUAAACUGAGGUCAUGCCACUGAGCAGCUAACCAUCUGAAACAUUCAACAGUGAUAUCCUGAGGAAAGGAAGAGUUAGAUUAGAAGAUUGGCACUUGUUCAAUGUUGCUGCAUGUGCAACAUCUGCCCUCAGGAGUUUUUUUUUUUUUUUAAAUGUCUCUGAUGGGAAAUCUUGUGAUCACAUGUUACAUCACUAAGAUGAAAGACAUAAUCAGCAUGGAGGAAGUUUGAUUAAUAAGUUGAAUUUAAAGAUGUUUCACAUAUGAAACCUACAUUUUUAUAUGAAGUGUGGUGAAGUUGAUAUAAGGUAAUACCUUAUUAGAAAUCUGGUUCAUAACACAUUCAUAUAACUUGAGCAGGAGCUGCAUAGCAGCUUUGCACCACAUCCAUAAUCAAUACACAAACUAGACAGGACUGUUGAAUGUCCCUCAGAUCAAUUGAUUUUUAAAUGAUGUUAUAGAAAAAUUAAAUAAAUGAGUUCAAUAUUGAACAAAAUAAAUAAAUAAUCACAUAAAUGAACAGUGUAAAAUAGACUGAUGUAGCGAGCGUCAUACAGUACUUUGUGUGUGAACUAUGUGGAUAAGUAAACUGGUUAGCUACAUGGCAGCACAGUUGAGAUUGGAAGUUAUAACUCAGCAACAUCUCCCACAUUUGCCUUAUUAAAUCUGACAUAAAAGUAUGUCAACAGUUGUACACCAUGUACUUUUUUGAGGAUCUUGUUCAGGCCCUGUGAAUGUGUUAUGAAAGGAAUCUAAAGUGUUUCUGGUGCAGUGGAACUAUAAAUAACCUAGCUUAGGUCUGCCUCUGCUGUAAAUAAUUCCUGUGUCUUUUUGUGCUUUUAUUUUGAAGAUAAUUAAGAGGGAGGUAGGUACAUACCUCACAGCAUGAACUAUGACAUUUAAUGGCCUUAUAUCUGAAUGACCUCACGCUUUAGUCAUUGUCUAAUUGGUUUCAAUGAAAGUCUUUGAAGCCUCCUAUACUUUCAAAUGUAAAGCACUAUCUCAGUAUCUAAAGAGAUAUAUUUUCUCAGCCUCACAAGCUACUAUUUUGGUAGAUUUUCACAGUGCACAAAGCAAGCCAAAAAAGAGAUUUGACUUGUAUGCAUGUGCACAUAUUUAUGUACAUACAAUCACACAAAAGCCAUUAUUUCAAAGUCAUUUAUAAGCUGCUAAAUAAUGCCAAAAAAGACAGAAUUUAUAUAGUGUCAGUAUUCUACAUAACUACAUUUUGGUGCACAGGAUUGAUUGAAUUAUAGUAUAAACUAGGUUCACAGGAUUGAUUGAAUUGUAGUAUAAACUUGUUUCACAGGAUUGAUUCGAUUAUAGUAUUACCUACCAUCAGUGUUUGGAUCAUUUCCUUUGGUGUACUGUAUAGUUACCUUUCUGAUUUUAUUAGAUGCUACAUCCAGGAUUUUCCUAUUUAUAUAAUAGUCAAACAGUAGCUCUAGUUGACGCCCUCAAGAUGUCAGUGGAGCAGUUUGUUUUCAUCAACAGGUUAAUUUAGGCUCAAAGUCUACCUUUACAUGCACCUCAGUAAUCUGAUGAUUUCCAGCUUUUGUCACUGACCUGAGUGAGAAACCUAGUUUCCUUCAUCAGUUAAAGACAUUAAGAGAAGCUUCUAUUAGGAUUUGGUAAUUUGUACACUCUCUGAAAUAUUGUUUACUUGUAUCAUUGCAUCUAGAAUAAUGAAAUCCAAACUCCAGUUUAUGCUGAACAGCCUUCAACAACAGCAAACACUAAAACAUGCUGUCCAAUGAUAGAGCCCAGCCUCUUACUUUACAGUCAGUCCAAAUGUCAUUGUGCCGCUGACCUGUUACUAAACUUCUUAUUUAAAGGACCAGUGUGGAGGGGGCGAGGUGGAUCUAUUGGCAGAAAUGGAAUAUAAUAUUCAUAAUUAUGGUUUAAUUUGUGUAUAAUCACCUGAAACAAAGAAUCAUUGUCUUGUCAUCAGCUUAGAAUGAGCCCCUUCAUAUCUUCUUCACAAAGUGUGCCAUGUUUCUACAUUACCCCACAACAGACAAACCAAACACUGGCUUUUUCCUCAUCUGACGGCCACCCUAGGUAAAACCCAGUCUGCAACCUCACCACUAGAUGCCACUGAAUCCUACACGCUGGUCCUUUAACAUGUUAGAUACAUAAGAAAUUUCAAACUUGGUUGAACAUUUGGAGGAGGGAUGGGGCAUAACUGCUUUCUGAUUAAAAAAAAAAAAACAUGAGUUUUAAACGAAUGCAAACACAGUGCAUGUGAGGGAGUUGUCCAGUUUAAACCUGACAGUCACUUGGUUUCUUAUGUGCAUGUAAACGUAGUGAAACUUUGAGAAUUAAUUUCACCUGGAUGUAAUGUGACUUAGGGACAAGUUGUAGAAAUGUUCUAUUAUAGAAACAGUGUUUACCAUCACAGUUUAAAUGUUUGCACAAUGAAUUCCACAACAGAAUGAAUAUUUACCUGAUGUUACAUUUGUCAGAUAAGAUGAUAAAAGUCAGUUCGGCUUGGAAGUGAGUUAAACAUUGGACUCAUUUAGUAUUAUCUUGUAGAGUUUGACUUUUCAAUAAUUGUAUAAAAAAAUGAAGUGAAUGCUAGAAAGCAUGUUGGGUUGGGGGAAGGGGGACUGAAUUGCUCAAAUACAGACGUACAGUAUGCAUAUAUGCAACCAGUCUCCAAGGAUCAUGAAAGGGUUUGGCUGUGCCUUGCAGCACAUUGCUCUCAGGAUGCUUUCAGUUUUCUAAUUUUCAGUCUUUUCCUGCCAAAAACCCAGUGGUCACAGGCAAGACUCUACUCUGAUCUAGUUGUGAUAUAUUUUGUGAAAAUCCUACAUGUAACAUGUAGUACCUUAAAGUUUGUCAUGUGCAGGUGAAACGUGGAGAUGGCAUUGCAAACCUUUGUACUUUGUCGUGUAUAUCCUCGUUAUGCACCUUGAGAUGUAGAAAACGGAGAGGGUGGCUUUACGUGAUGCAGCUUCAGUCAGAGGAAGUAACAGUGCAGCCAAUGAUGAACAUGGCUUUUAAAAAAAGAUAAUUUGGUUUGCUCUUUUUGUGGCAUGUUUUUGUGCCAGUAAUUUUGUUUGGACCCUUAAUAUUUAACCACGAAUGGGGCUGAAGGAUGCUAAUGUUGGAAGCUAAUCAUGAAGUUUGGUAUGGCCCCAAGUCAUCAGGUCAAACCACUUGUUCACAGUGAUUCUAAACUAAUGGGGCACAUUACCGUCGGUUUUCAGCUAAACACAUUCAUGCUCCCAAGAGGAUUAAUUCCCCUGAUGAUCCAUUGCCUUUUGUUUCCUCCCACCCUCAGGAGGUGUAACAUGUAAAGACAACCCUAAUAGCUAGAUCAUGCUUUGAGUGCAUUUAAAAGGGAAAUGCCACUUAAUUUCAGGAUUCAGGUUUGGUAACUUUAGGCCUACUAUUGGAUUGUAUGACUGCACAUUACAAAUUUACUAUACAGUCUCCAGGUAAUGUUUAAUGUCAGAUUUGUGUUAAAGGCUCCAUUGUGACUCAGAAUUACAAGUUAUGAAGAGCAGUUUAUUGUUUUGGUGUUUUACUAACUUAAUAAAGAAUUUAAAACACAGGGAAGUGAUGUUGAGCUCAAACACAAAGCCCACACAGUUUGGCUCCCAUGGCAUUGCAGACCAUUAAAUUUGUAAGUGUUACAAAGAAAAAAUGUAUGAGAAUUUUAAAACUGAGUGGUAUUACUCUUUAACAGGGCUAAUUAUGUGAGCCUGACUGUCUCAUUGGUGGUGCUUCAAAAAUAUAUAUUUCUUUAUAAUGUUUAGGUACAACCGUGGUAUAUGAACAGACAUAAAGAAAAAAAACAUUUGAAUGUGUUUUGCCCAAAUGAGUUUGGGCUUUGCUGACUUUGUUUUUUCAUGAAAAAGACAAGGCCAUUUGAGGCCGUCUGUCUGUUCAUGAGAAGGUGAAACAAACUGCCUAAAUGUUUCUUCAUAUGAAACAAUCAGAUUGCAAGGCUGCUGUCAAGGUUGUUUCUGGCAUUUGGCUAAAAGUUUGCGUGCCACCCUUUCUCCUUGAGAUAGGUCAUGGAUUAAAAAAACAUUAUCAGUGCAGCAAGAAUAAAGUGUGUCGUCACUGAUGAAACUAAACACGUCAGCUUUGUUGCUGAUUGAGAGACCAAAUGAAGUAAUAGGGUUCUCUAGUGAUGGUGAGAUCCUUUAACCUGAACACUGGAAUAGUCAAUUGCCCCGAUGAACUCAGAGUACAUUUACCUAGGUGUGUUAAGGAAUUAGUAACAGUCGUACAGGUCACAACGCAAAUCUACCAAAAUGAAAAAGGUCAGAGUUUAUUGUAGCAUUUGUUGUUCACUGAUUUAUAAUAAAUCAGUGCUAACAUGGAACAAUGUUCACAGAUAUCUGAACCAGAUAAUGAAUCUAUUUAUACAUAGGAUUGGUAUUGUCCUUAAAACCCUAUUAGUUAUUGGUUUCAUAAAGAUUUACACACAUUUAAUUUUAACUGCUCAUUUUGCUCACAAAUGUGUGUUAGUGUUUUCACAGUCCCACGCUGCCUGCACCUCUGUCAUUAGAUAAAACACACUCAUGGACACUGUGGGCUUAACGAGUAUUAGAGCAUACACACAUCCCAAGUCUGUGGCCGUUAAAUGUGUGCCCAUGAUGCUGAGAGAGCACUGAGGCUAGUUGCUCUAAUCCUCAAAUACUUUUCAAAAACUCCAUAUGGCCAUUUAGGACAUUUUCCCCACAUGAACAAAAGAGAAAUGGAAAUGUAGGAACAUGCUCAUUUCAGAUAUUUAAAUUUUGUCCCCGUUCCUGAGGCGACCUGUAGAAAGACCCUCUGUUUUCACUGGGCCAUAGAUUACUUCCAGCUAAAAGAAAAACCCUCGCUGUCACAGCUAAAGACUCUCCAUGCACCAAUCAGUGUUUCACUGCUUUACCAAAAGGUUUCACUAAAGGCCAGAAUGGUGGAUCACAGUCCCACCCUCCCUCUGGAAGUGCCGCAAACAACUAAGCCACAAAUGUCUAGAACUGACUUUUGCUUGUUGAUACAAAUUGUAUCUAUACCUUGAAUGUAACAAAAUAUGAACUGUAUAAUAUGAAAAUAGUUUUAUUUAAAUAAAGGGGAAAAACAAUCAAUGCCAUAAUUUUUGUGACACUGUGUGUCACUGGGAGUAGCCCAUUGGUAUGUACUAAUUCUUACUGGGUACAGUAGUUAAUUUACAGGGACAUUUAUGUGCUACCUAAAAGUGCGCAGAUACCCUGUGUACAGCAGUAAGCAUCAUGUCCUCUUUGUACAUAGUCACACGUGUGUGUGUAUAUAUAGAAAGCGAUCUGUAAAUGUAACAGUUACUUCAGUUGUUCAGAUACUUAGAUAAUUUCUGUGUUGUAAACUGUGCACCGAUUUCCUCUAAGCUGACAUGUCUGCUUUAUGCUAUUUUAAUGGGAAUUUCGAUAUUUUUGAAUAUAUUUUGCCUAAUAAAACAUGCCAAAGUUAUUCUUGGGUGGCUUUGUCAAAUGUAACUUCUUAUGUUUCAACACAUGGGUUGUCAUGUAAUGAAUUCUAUAUUUCAGAGGAUUUCUUUUCCAUUCUCUGUAAACUAAGAGUAACCUAACACCAAACGCAAAUCUGUGUCUGACGUGAAAACGGUUCAAUAAUAAUAAAGAAUAAUAUAGAAUCUGCCACUGGCUGAUCUUUGGGUGACAGGUGACAUCACCACAUGUUCUCCAGAUGACAGUGUCAGUAGCACCCUGACACUGAAUGGUUCAGAUGUGUGUUUGAUGUUUAAGGCUUUUAAAACUGGGAUUUAUUGAAGUGUUUGGCAGUUGAUUUAAUGACUAACCCUGUAUGAUGACAAAGCAAAGGUGUGUUGAAUUGUGAUUUUUUUUUCUAUUGAAAUAUUCACCAAUUGUAAUUUUUAGUAUCUGAGGCCAGUUUGCGUUAGACUAGCGCUACUUUGUUAAGACUGAUAUUGUCACUAUAAUAUUAACUUAAGGUCAGAAUCGGUUGUUAAUGCCUAAGAUCAAGACCAAAGUGAUUUUUGAUGCGUACCUGUAAUGAUUCUUGGUUUAGACACAUACACAAACAGUUAUGGUCAGAUCAUUGUGAGCCACUUGGCGUCUUGCAGUUUGUGCUACAAUAUAAUUUAAAAUUUGAAUUGUUGGUAAACAAAAUGCUAUGACAAGAGGCACAUAACACUGACUGUACAUAUACACAGUGUAAUACUCAGGUUAAACAUUUUAAAUCACAUACUUGGUUGUUUUCUAAUAUUGAGGAAUGCAGUGCUCACCUUUCUGAAGUAGUGUAGGUCUGUUUGAGUAGACCCUUGUGUCUGCAAUGUAAAAAGGGAAAUAUGAAGCAAGAUUUUUUGUGUUGUGAUGAUCUGCAGUAUUGUAAUCCACACUGACUGGAAAUUGUUGCUUUUAUAGACCAAAAUAUACAAAAAUAGACUAUUUGGGUCUGUGGGCUCAAACAAAAUGUAAGUCUUAAUGACAAAAUGUGUUUCUCUCCGUAAAUAAAGCAAAAUUCUGUUCAAA